AUGAAAUCUAACACCAGUAAAAACUCUAAACAUUCUCAUAACAAAGAAAAUAAAAAUAUAAAGAAACUUGCUUUUAAAACUUCUACGAUUAAUAAUUCUAUUGUAAAUUCUGCUGAGAAUAAGGCCUUUAAAAAAAAUUCGAUUGAACAAGUUUCAAAAGUUAACGAUUUAGAAAAUUUGAAUGAGGAAUCUUUGGAUAAUAAAAAAGCAGUACCAGAUUAUGAAAAUGUUGAAAAUAUGAGCACUGUUGUUUCCAAUCAAGAAGAACAAUACAGUUUAUUUGAUAAAAAAGAAUGUGUUUCAAAAACGGAAGAAGAUAUUGUAUCGAAUGAAGAUACAGAUAUAAAUUUAGAACAUGAAGAUAGAGAAAGUGAAAUUAAAGAAAAGGAAUAUUUUAAUUUAAAUUUUCCUCAAGAAAAACAUAACAGUGUUUCGAAAGAAUCAAUCGAUUCACUUAAACCUAAAGUAAAUAAUGCUGCUGAUUUAAUUUCGACAUUAAAAAAUGAUUUUAUUGAUUCAAAUGAAUUGAAAGAAAAUUUUGAUGUUGUUGAAGAAAAAGAGAAUAAUUUCAAUAAUUAUGCUACUUCAGUUGAAAACAAUUCUAAUGAAUUUGUUGAAAUGGAAGAAAAUAAUUUCACCACCAUUGAAAGCAAUGAAAACGAUAUAACAAAUUUUGGUAAAAUAGUACAAGAACACAGUGAUGGCGAUAUGAUCGAAUCAAAAGAAAAUGAUAAUUGUAAUGAAAUUGAAAAAAAAGAACAAAAUUAUACCGAUGUUGUUGAAACAAAAAAUUGUGAAGAAGUUGAAAUAGAAGAAAAUGAUUUCAAAAAUUCUGUUCAAAGCGAUGAAAACAAUUUAACAAAUUUAGAAGAAAUGAAAGAACAAAAUUUUGUGGAUCAAAUCGAAUCAAAAGAAAUUACUACUACCUGUGAUGCAGUUGAAAUAAAAGAACAGAAUCAUACCGAUCUUGUUGAAACAAAAAGUUGUGAAGAAGUUGAAAUAGAAGAAAACGAUUUCAAAGAUUCUGUUCAAAUCAAUGAAAACAAUUCAGUUAAAAUGGAAAAUGAUGAUUUGGAUGAUUUAAAACAAUCAGAAAUGGCUGAUACAGUCGAAACUGAUCUUGAAAAAGGUGAAUUUGUAAAUAAUAUGCAUUUCGAAUCGAAUAAAGGGGAUGAAGAGUCAUUAAACGAUAAAAAUAAUGUUCUCGAAACCGUCGUAGAACAAAAUGAAGAAUCGAAAGAAAUUUGCAAUAGGAAUUUGAUGAAAAAACCAAAUUCACCCAAACUGGUGGUAACAAAGAAAUCCCUCAAUACUCACGUGCAAACUCCUCAUCCUAAAACGCAAAAAGGUAAUUCAUCCAUUGUUAAGAAACCACCACCACCACCGAAGGGACCCGCCAGACAAUCAAUUUCAACAUUACACAGAAAGAAAAAAAUGGGAAUGUAUCGUGCAAGUUCUGAAAAAAAUUUAAGCGAAUUAAACGCGGCUUUAAAAAAGAGCAAUUCUUCUGGACCGGAGUCUCGAACAUUUGAAGAUUCAUUAGAUCCUAAAAAUAAAAUGAAAACAAAUCCGUUAUCACUUUCUUCAUCGGAUAUCAAAGAAUGGUUAAAAAUAAAUGGCCACCCUUUGGAUGGAUACCGUCACUUACGCUGUUUCGGAAUUCAUAACAAAGAAUCGAAAUCUUUGGAUCCUUUGAAAAAACCCAAAAAGGUUUUAUCCUUUCAAUCUGAAGAAGAGGGCAAAAAUGAAGAAUCGGAAACGAAAGUGAAUGAUGAUGAACAUCACUCCUCUUCGGUUUCUACAGAAUUAUCAGAUAUUGAAAAUCGUUUGAAAGAACUUCAUCGUUUAAUCGUUGAUAUAAAAUAUCCGAAAAAUAGAUGCGAAGAAUGGUUGAUUGCUCUCAGAAAGAAACAUUCGACGUGUACGGAAUGGCCGAUUUAUUGGGAAUGUUUAGCAGCACUCACCGGAAGUAGUUUUGAAAAUUCCGAAAGCACCAAAAAUUUGCCAUCGGGAGAUACGUUAGCCGAAUUAUUCGACAAAAUGGUAAUCGAACAACAGCGAAAAUCAUCGGAAACGAAAGUUGAAAAGGGUCUCGAUUUAAAAAAUAUUUUCAAUUCGACAACGAUUAAAUUUGCACUCCAGUCAAAAAAUAAUAAACCGUACGUCGAGUUGUAA